ACACAAAUCACUAAAAAAAAACAAAACAAAAAUAAACAUUUGUGUUACCUUUUACCUUUCUUCAAGAUGCUAAUACAUAACAGUCUCUAUCUGGAUUUCAUUUGGGUAGAGAAAUGUAUUAAAAGCACAGUGCGAGUCUGUGCACUCAAAGUGUCAAACUGACUGAAUUUUCAUUUUCAGGAGUUAUUUACUUUGGAGAUUGCACAUGUGCACACUGCUAGUUACAAAUAAUUCUACCAUCAGGAGUUAAUUAUUUGGCUUCACAUGUGCAAUGCAGGAUGAUGGUACAAUAAUCUAGAAUGUGGCCUUGUUUGAUGAAUUUUGAAAAAUCAAAAAGCGUGACAGAAUUUGUAUUCACACCAAAUUGGGCGUACACAUUGUAUAAUAUUAUAGAUAUUUAGUUAUUACGUUGUAAACAAUCGGUAGGGUAAAAUAAGGGAAGUUGCAUGGGGUAGCUGUGAGACUCGAACCCCUAUAUCAUGCCCGGUAAGUAAGCGCCUCAUCCACAUGUGAAGCCAACCCCUUUGGUAUGGAGUCAGUUUUGAGCAAAGUCAUCUUAGGCGGUGUUUUUUUUGGGCAGACUAGAUUAAAUUAGAUUAGCGUUCUUGAGACUAUUAGUCAUAGAAUUAUCGAUCCCUUUGGAUUGUGUAUCAUAUCUCAUUGUUGGAUUAGUCAAACGUGCAAUUAUGUAUUUUGUUGGAUUAAUCCAAUCACAAAGCCAUAUCGGCCGAAACCCAAACAAAAGUGGCGUAAGUGGAAUAGGUCGAGCCCAGCAUUGGACUUCUGGUUUUGACGCUCAAUAUAUUGUGACAAAAAGGGGGGGAUUUUUUUAAAUUGUUUGGUUUUAUAAACUUGUGUCAGCAGGUUAUAACAAACACACCCAGAAGUGUGAAAUCACAAGUACCUACUCCAUCUCAUCAACUCCAUCUUAUUUUUCUAAGUUUAGCUCUUCAGAUUCACAGUAUAUAUAUACCCAACCAAAUUAUCACAACCCAUCAUCACCAUUCCAACAAAAUACUCUCAACCUUAGUACUCUCAAGAGCUCCCCAAAUCUCCUGUGUGUAACUCAUGGAAAACCAUCCGCUCAAGGCCAUAAUCUUCUCACUUCUCCUAGCCCUCACAAUUAGAGGUGGGAGUGCGACCCGAAUCCUCAAUGAGGAUGAGGAGGUACUGGCUGUCCCCACUAUUGCACCUGUGUUACCCACUGUAACUCCUCCUGGGGCUAUCGCUCCAGUUGCUGCUGCUAGCACUGUGGUGGGCCUUGCAACCCCUGACCAUCCCUUCACCUUCUUCCUACAUGACAUACUUGGAGGCUCGAACCCCUCGACUAGAGCCGUGACAGGCAUUGUAACCAACCCAGCCGUCAAUGGUCAAGUCCCGUUCGCCAAGCCUAACGGCGCAGUCCUCCCCAUUAACAAUGGUGUCCCUACCGAUAACGCCAAUAGCGCAGUUAUCAACAAUAACAACGUCCCUUUCCUCACCGGGCUGAGUGGAAACACUCAGAACGUGAUUCAAAACAACGGAAACAACAACGUUGUCAAUGGCGGUGGGUUUGGAUUCCCAGCCUUGAAUGCUGCCCAGCUCCCUUCAGGGUCUGCGCUUCAGAAGCUCAUGUUCGGAACACUGACGGCUUUCGACGAUGAACUGACUGAAGGGCACGAGUUGGGGUCCGGUUUGGUUGGGAAGGCUCAAGGGUUUUACGUGGCGAGCUCGGAAGAUGGUAGUAGCCAGACCAUGGUUUUCACGGCUAUGUUCGAGAGCGGCGGUUAUGUUGAUAGCCUAUGCUUCUUCGGUGUGCACCGGAUGGCGGUGUCGGAAUCCCAACUGGCCAUCAUGGGUGGGACCGGAAAGUUUGUGAAUGCUAAGGGAUUUGCAACUGUGAAGACUUUCCCAGCUGCCAAUCAGCACAACACUGAUGGAGUGGAGACUCUGCUGGAGAUCACUGUGUAUCUCACUUAUUAGUGUUAUGU